AUGCGUCACAUCAUGUGCGGGUGUAUGCGCGCUCUCCUGCUCGUCACUUUAUUGUCCUUUGUGUCCGCCCAGAACGUCACCUGGAUGAGUCCGUCCGCGGGCGACGUGUACGCGUCUGGCGACAUGAUCGCUGGGCGUUGGAGCGUGGACGGCACACAGGAGUACUCGUCGCCUUCGUUUCGCCUUUGUCCACCAGAUGCCGAGCAAGCAAGUGGAGGCUGUGGGGCAGCGGUGUGGCCAACGGUGGAACAGGAUGGGGGAUCGUAUCUAAUUUAUAUGUCGUUGCCAGAUGUGUCUGACAGUACGCAGUUCGUCCUCCAGAUGGCCGGAACUACAGGCGAGACGAGCGAAUCGCCCGCGUUUUCGCUAGUCCCUGUCAACAGUAGAGCCUCGCCCGGUUCAACAAAAGUGACGACCAACACGACCCACUCGCCUCCUGAUUCCCUCGCGUCUCCAUCCCUACCCUCGUCCAACUCUUCCGCCACACCGCUCCCAAACUACGCCGAGACAACGAUGCCCGCACCGACCGCCGCGUACGCUGUUCCUCUCGCGCUUGUCGGGUCUGUCAUCGUCGCGGCUACCGGCCUAAGGCCUCUCGCGGCGGUCAAGCGUGACGAUCGAGGCGGGUACAGGGCGAUACACGCGCUUUCCGGGGCUCCGGCGCGGCGGGGGGACCCUCAGGAGCGUGUUUAG